UAUCAACUUGUUUUCCUUCAGAUAAUGACAAAUAAUGAAAUCAUUUUCGAGAUUAAUGAGGCUGCUGACGCCUAAAAUAUACCAACCAAGCGUAUUGGAACUUCAGGCAUUGGAAAAAAUAACAAAUCAAUCCUGUGGCACAUCAAUUAAUACAAAUGGGAUUAAUAGUUGUCGCUAUUGCUCCGAACAGAAAAAUCGAUAUGAUUCUAAGUUUGAACAAUUUGAAGGACCUGAGCUUGAGUUUGACAGAAAGCGCGAUAGUUUCAUUGGCUCAGAACUCAAAACCCGGAAAAUAGAAAUUGUUGAUGAGUACAAAGUGACAGAUUUGAAGAUCGUUGAUGAUUUUCAAGUAGAACAAAUGAAUGAACAAUUUGAUGACGAUGUUGAUGAUGAAGAUUUUGAUGAUACAGCAGAAGAAGAUUUUGCCAGUUUGUCAACGAAAGAAAUGUUCAAUUUGAUCAAACCGAGUUUGAGAGAAGGGAGAAAGUUGAAUCAUUACAUACAUUCAACGUUUCACUUGCAGGUUCUAGUGGCUAUUUUUGGUGUCAAUAUCUACCGAGUUGACCUCAAAAAUAACGACGAAAUGCGGCGUAUACUACUUCGUACCAGCAUCGAAAAUGAUGUCAUUCCCCUACUGAACAUUUUGCAAUCAUAUAUGGAAAUUUCCCUGUCAGAUCUUGGAACAAUUAUCGGAAAGUGUCCCCACAUUUUAGAACAUCCCUUAGAAUCAAUAGUUGCUAACUUGAAUUAUUACAAAAGGUGUAACUUUCCGAGCGAAUCAAUGAAGAAAAUGUUUGUCAAACAUCCGCGAAGUUUGCUCAUGGAGCCAACUGCGAUUGAUGAGACGCUAUCAGUAUUACAACGCAUGACCGAUUUACCAGCACAGGUUUUGAAAUCGAUAGUAAUCGAAACUCCUAGACUGAUUACCACAGAUUUAGAUCGUAUCACGUGGAAUAGGAAUUUGUUCAGAGAUAAAAUACUUUUCGAUGUGAAUCAGUUUCACGCAGCGCUGAGAAGAUGCCCAGAAAUUCUACUGAUUCGAUGUGAAGAGCUGGAAGAAAAGUAUUAUUAUUUAUCACAGCAAAUGAGAGUUUCUAACGAGUUAAUUUCCCACAACGCUGAGGUUUUUAAAAAGGGUCUGAACAAUGUGAAAACUCUGAAUUUGUUCUUGAAAUCUCUCAAUCGAAAUCAGUAUGACCCUAGUAAGCCGUUGUACAUAUCGCUCAAGUACUUUUGUUUUGAUGACAUAAUCGAAGCGUGCAAUGAGUUAUCUCUCAGUUCUGACCAGCUGAUGUCUUUCAUGAGAACGAUGUAAAACUCAAAAUAUACAUUUCAGUAUUAUAGAUAGUUGUAUGCUUUGGCUCAUAACAAGUAUGCUAUCGUCGUAACAAUCCCCGCAACCCUUCAAGAAAGGGGGAGAAAGGUUGUUCUGUAAAAUACAUCAGAGAGUA